ACAACAGAUACAUAUUAUAUGGAACAAUUCUUUGCGUAUUUUUGCAAAGAAUUAUUUGUAUGUUAUUCGAAGUGAAUAAUUUUGUGGAAUUUUAUUUUCGUUUAUGGAAGCAUCGACAUGAGUGGUUAUUUGAAGACACAAAUUCUUAUUGUUGCUUGCGUGAAUAUUGGACAAUUCAUAGACGGCUACAGUGUUGGAUGGUCAGCUCCCAUCAUACCAAAACUACAAGACCCAGAUGAGACGCCACUUCCAGAGCUCAUCACUGAUCUACAGGUCUCAUGGAUAGGAUCCCUCCUUUACCUUGGAUCUAUUGUUGGUCCAUACAUCCCAAGCUACUUAUCUAACAUAAUAGGCAGGAAGCCAUGUCUGUUUCUCGGUGGCCUUUUAAAUUUGACAGCCAUAAUUCUUAUAAUCACCACAAAAAAUGUUGCCAUGGUAUAUGCUAUUAGGAUUAUCAGCGGUCUUGGUAUGGGAAUGGUGACAGUUAGCAACUUAGUGUAUGUUGGGGAAAUAUCAUCGACAAACAUCCGAGGAAUACUUUUGACUUCAACUUCUAUUGUCGGUAUAACGGGCACACUCGCUGCGUACUGCGUUGGGCCUUACGUCUCGUACCAAAUGACUGGCUAUUUUGCAUUUUUCAUCAAUAUUAUACAUUUGGUUGGAAUAUAUUUUAUACCAGAGUCACCUGUUUUUUAUGCCAUUAAAGGAAAGGAGAUGGAAGCAAAAAAUACGCUGCGAUUUCUAGGACGAGUUGAGGAUCUGGAAAAUGUGUUUGAGUCAGUAAAAGGGACAAGCCCCGAUGAAGGUUCCAGUUGGAAAGCCUGGAUUAGGAUAUUCACAGUAAAGGCUAAUAGAAAGUCACUAUUCAUAACGCUGAGCUUAUGCACAUUACAACAAACCAGUGGGGUUGCUGCAGUAUUGUUUUUUGCCACAACAAUAUUUCAAUUAGCUGGGUCUUCUAUAAGACCGGAUAUAGCUACGAUAUUUAUCGGCUGUACUCGGCUUGUAGCAAGUAUGAUAGCACCUUUUCUAGUUGAGAGGGCUGGAAGAAGAAUACUGUUACUGGUAUCAACUGCAUUCUGCGCAUGUAGUUUGUCUCUACUGGGCAGCUAUUUUUACUUAUCAAGAAUUGAAAGUACUGCAAUUGCUUCUAUUGGCUGGCUCCCGCUAUUAGCACUUAUAAUGUAUUUUUUCUCCUACGAGAUAGGUUUCGGAACAAUGCCAAGUGCUUUGGUGGGUGAAAUGUUCCGCGGCAAUGCCCGAAGCACUGGUUCUGCCAUAGCAAUGACAACAGCAUGGCUCAUCGGCUUCGGAGUGGCCACUGGUUUUGGAACUAUGGUGAAGACUUUAGGAGGAGACAUUACGUUCUGGAUCUUCUCAUUCUCUUGCAUUGUUGCCUUUUUGUUUACAUUUAAGUUUGUGCCGGAGACUAAGGGAAAGAAUCUAAAUGAAAUACAGGAAAUGUUGAGUCGGUGAUUUAAAAUAAAAAAUCAUGUGUAAUAUGUACACGUGUUAGAAGUUAUACUUUUUUGGCGUAAGAAUUAAAUUUUGAUGAUCGAUGAUGAUGAUCGAAGAAAAGUAUUUUACUUUUAUAAAGUACUAACUAUUACCCGCGACUUCGUUCUCAAUUAGUUGUUUUAAAGGAUACAGCGCAUAUUCCUUUUCAUUGUGGACAGUCUCUUUAAUAGUAUCCCUGCGAACUUAUAUCUCUUAUUUCAUCCCUAUAUAGGUGAGAGUUUCAAAAAUGCUCGAACAAAUGUUUAUAAAUUAUUUCUUAUCAAGUGCCUUAAUAAAAAGUUUCAUGGCUUUUUCUUUGAUAAUGACGUAUUUCUAUACAAACUGCCAUCCCCUAUUUCAACCCCUCCGUUUAUUUUUUUGCAAUAAAAGGAAGUCUAUGUCCUUUUCUUAAAGCUCUAGUCUAAGUCUGUACUAAAUUUUAUCAAAAUCGGUUCGGUGGCUUAGGCGUUAAAGCGGUACAAACAAACAUACAAUCACAUUUAUAAUAUAAGUAGGGAUCAAUUUUAAUAUUGAAUUUAAAACAAGUUUUGAGUAAAGGUGUAUAGUGUAAGCAAAUAAAAAAAAUACUUUGACUACUUAUCGAUCAAACCUUAUUAAUCUCAAACAUGUCAAUAAAGAAAAAAUAAAUACAAAAGUUUAUAAUAGACUAGCUGACCCGACACAAAUAGUUCUGAAUAUAAUAAAUAAAAUAAUGUUUUUUUAAUAAUUAAAACGUCACUAUUACAAUGGAUAACCGAAGUAAAUAAAGUUCUCGUACGUAGCGGUUAAUCUACCAACUAUUAGCGAAAAUUAAGUUUAUAUUUUAUCUCCUGAGAGAUAGAAAGAUAAAUAGAUUCUAAUUAGUUAUUUAUUUUAAACUAUUCUUUCAGUUUGAUUUCUGAAGGACGGGGGACAUAUCAAAGGAAGAACAAAAUGUUUGUUUAUGUUUAUUUUAUUCCGAGAAUUUUCAUAUUUACUCACCUUUUAAACCUUCCCUGGACUUCCACAAAUAAUUCAAGACCAAAAUUAGCCAAAUCGGUCCAGCCGUUCUCGAGUUUUAGCGAGACUAACGAACAGCAAUUCAUUUUUAUAUAUAUAGAUAGAUAGAUAAGCCACUUUAUCGCGAGCGUUGAUAAUGCAUUAUCAUUUACUUUCAUGUAUAAUUAAAUAUCCCACUCAUAUAAAUAUUUUAUUAUUAUCUCCAUUACUAUACACGUGUGCUAAAGAUUCAUAAAUAAUUGAAUUACCACAAUAAAGUUACUAUAGAGGUUAUACAUUCAGUAAUAGUGUAUAGACUCCAUAAUAGUUACCAAGAUUAUUUAAGAGACGUUUAGAAACUAACUUCACCCUGUUAUUUUUAGUUGUUUGUGUUUUCAAAUUCAAAUAUUUUUAUUCAAAAUAGGACUUAAAAUUAUCUAUUGAUCGGCAAAAACUACCACCCAUUCGAAUAGUGUGCCAUAGAUCUGAGAAGAACGGGCGCAAGAUACUAAGCGGACUUAUUUUUUUCCUUAAUUUAGUUACAAUUUAAUUAUGUAUUAUUGUACAAUACAAUUUAUAAUUAAAUAGUAUAAGGGCGUUCGCUCCAUUCCCAGUGAGUGGUGUUAUAAAAAAAUCGUUUAUUUUUUAGUAACCUUUACCCCCCAAAGUUUCUUAACAAUUCUUUUGAACUUGGGAUCAUGUUGUUAAAGCAAAUACAUCGCCCAAUAAAAGACUAACUAACUCGAAUUAACCGAGUAGUAGGCAUUAGAAGUUUAUGUUUGCUUCUCGUGUUAACAUUAUGAUUGUCACCGUUUCCAGCUAAGUCGUUAAUGUCCUUAUGAAUAUGAAGACUGUCAACUGUCAAAAUGUUUAUUUCUAUUUUUUUCUCUAAAUAAUUAUCUAGGAUCUUAUUAAUAAAUAAGGAAUAAUAUAAAUAUAAUAUACAGUUUCUUUCAAUAUGCGAAAAUCAAUAUAUUAUCUAUACUGCUGUCUGUCUCGCCUGAACUGAAAUUGCUAUGAACGUCAUCCUGAUGUUUAAUCCAUGGUAUAAAUAAAAUUUAACAUUGAUUAAGUACGUGGUUGAUUUUUUUGUAAAUAAAAUAUAUUAUGCUGUAUAAUAAUUUACCACUGGUACAACAAAAUUAAAAAAAUUUUUAAAUAGUGUUUGUAUUUAGUAAAUAAUUUCAUUAAGUCUGAUAGCGGAACGGCAAAAAUGUGCUUAAAGACAAUGUAGGCACAAUUUUCUCAAUGUAGGAAUAAUUGAAAUACAGUGCUGCUUAUCGCCCAAUAAUAUUUAAAAAACUGGAGUAAAUGCGGCAAUGUAUGGAUAUAUUAGUCGAAGUUUAUUAUUGUGUAAUUUAUGGCAUUUUCCAUAUUUCGGCUUUAUUUUUAUGCGACAAUAUGAUUUGCCUAUAUUAUGUAUAGAACUUCAUUGCAUAACAAGCAAAAAUAUACAAUAUUUUUUCUAUUUUAUAACAUAGAAUAGACAAGUGUUUUUUUAAGUGAUAACGCUCACUUCUGGGAUUAAUUAAGAAGGUACAUAAAAUUAAAUUUGAAAACAAAAUUUAAUUUGAACGACGGGACUCGAAACCGCGGCCUCUCGCGUUCCGCGCUCUUCCACUCAGCCAACCGUUCGGGGACUUCAUUUGAAUUCAUAAAUUUUGUUUUCAAAUUUAAUUUGUGUAAUAUAUAAUAGAUUGAACUUAAGUAAAUAAAUCGCUACACAACACGGAUUAUAAACAAAACUAUCAUGUAAGAGGAGUUCCUUAGCUUAAGGCGAAGAGUAAGCAGAAAACACGCAAACAUGGUGUUUUUAGACAAGUUUUGUGGUGAAAGUAUAGCAUUUCGAGCUAUGAACACUACUUAAUCCUGUUACACAUAUCCUUAAGUCUUAUUUGUAGGUUGCUAAUGCUUGCUGUUGGUUAUAGUUAACACUGCCGAGCCUUUUUGAACUACCACUUUUCUUUAAAGUUAAACAAGUUUUUUAGCAUGGCGUGACGCAUUUUUUUGGUACUUCUCUCAGAAAAGUUAUUCUUACAGCUUGUACUUUUUUGUGUAGGUAUAUUUAUUCAGAUUAGUAAUGAAUAACGAGGAUCGUAAGCAUAUAAACUGUUUUCCACCCAAGAAUUAUGAAAAUAUUGGCUUUGUUACAUAGAUGGCAGGCCGGCAGCCGUGAACUCAUAUCGCUCAAGGUCGCUGGCAUUUAGUGUCGCCUUAAGUAAUAUUACACUUAUAUUAUGCAAACGGUACUCACACCGAUGAGUUGUAGUUUUUUAAAACUGACGUCACUGUGAUUAUUAUUGAUUAAAAUUUGCAGCAUUAUGUAAUUAUAUUUAAAACCAUUUUUCAUUUUAAGGGAUUGAAUAGGACCCCUUUAGGCUUUUGGUAAAAACAAAUUUCGUAAUGUAGAUGCCCUCCACUUAACACCCGCAUAUGUCGGCAUACCAAAAAACUAACUGUCAUCCCAUAUGCUGACAUCGUCCAUUUUGAGACGCAUGAACUGUUCGUGUCUUAAAAUUUAAUCAGUGGAAGGCUCCUUUUGCACAGGAUGCCGGCUAGAUUAUGGGUACCACAAAGGCGGCUAUUUCUGCAGUGAAGCAGUAACGUGUAAACAUUAUUGUGUUUCGGUCUGAAGGGCGGCAAAAACAAGAGUAUCGCUUUGAUUCGGAAGAAUAAAUUGUUUUUUUAAAAAUACCUAGGUUUGUACUAUGUUGUUGUAUACCGAUUACAAUCGUAUAUUCUCGAUCUAACAUAAUAUAAAGCUGUCCUUAUUGGCAGUCGGCAAUCCGCAGACGGCAAGUGGUCGCGUACCGACAGAGUCCAUAUUAUAUAUGUAAUACGUACUAAUAUUAUAAAUGUGAAUGUAAGUUUGUUUGUUACGCUUUCACGCCUAAACCAUUGAACUGAUUUUCAUGAAAUUUAAUACAGAGAUAGAAUAGAGCUUGGAAAAGGACUUUUUGUUAUGAAAAUACGGAACUAGACAAGCAGGACGUUCAGCUGAUGGUAAUUGAUACGCCCUGCCCAUUAUAAUGCAGUGCCGCUCCGCAUUCUUGAAGAGCCCAAAAAUUCUGAGCGGCACUACAAUUGCGCUCGUCACCUUGAGACAUGAGAUGUUAGGUCUCAUUUGCCCAGUAAUUUCACUAGCCGGCAUCCCGUGCAAUGGAGCCUCCCACUGGUGAACUACUUUUUAUUGUGAAGAAAUAAAUGGAAGGUUUGAGAUAGGGGAUGUAAGUUUGUAUGGAAGUUCGGCAUUAUCGAAGAUUACACCAUAAAACUUUGUAUUCAGGCAUUUGAUUAGAAGUAAUUUUUUAGUAUUUGAUCGAGCAUUUUCGAAACUUUGACCUACAUGGGGAUGAAAUAGGAGAUUGAAGUUCGUAGGGAAAUACUAUUAAAGAGACUGUCCACAAUGACAAGGGAUAUCCGCUGUAUCAUAGAAGAGCGCUGCCAGCAGCGGAAAGAGCAGUUUGUAUGUGUAUUAUUUGCAAAGUAUCCCAAAAAUAAAAAAAUCUGCCCAAAGUAACUGUUCCAGGAGUACUAAUUCGCGGAUAAAAACUUGUUCGUUAUAAAUUCAUAAAUAAACUAUUUACCGAUAUAUCAAAAUUUUGAGCUCCUCCGUUUUAUCAGUGGGAGGCUCCUUUGCACAGGAUGCCGGCUAGGUUAUGGGUACACUUUCCUUAAAGGCCGGCAACGCUCUUGUGAUUCCUCUGGUGUUGCAAGAGAGUGUGGGUGGCGGUGAUCACUUAACACCAGGUGACCCGUACGCCUCCUAUUCCAUAAAAAAAAAAAAAAAAAAAAAAAACAAAAAACGGCGCCUAUUACUGCCGUGAAGCAGUAAUGUGUAAACAUUACUGUGUAUUGUGUACUGUGUGCGGUCUGAAGGGCGCCGUAGCUAGUGAAAUUACUGGGCAAAUGAGACUCAACACCUUGUCUCAAGGUGACGAUCGCAAUUGUUGUGCCACUCAGAAUUUUUGAGUUUUUCAAGAAUCCUGAUCGGCACUACAGUGUAAUGGGCAGGGCGUAUCAAUUUCCAUCAGCUGAACGUCAUGCUCGUCUCGUCCCAUUUCUCAUCAAAAAAAAAUCUUUGCGGUUUGUGUUAUCUGUGUUUUUUUACUUACUUGUUUAACAGUUCUGGCGUCAAGCCUGUUAGAGUGUUUAUACAUAUAUUUAAAAAUUUUGAGUGUCAAUUGUUAAAUUAAAACCUAUGUUUAAAAAAAUCGAUUGUUAUGAGCUCUACUAGGCGGGCAUAGCUUAAGUAAUAUUCUGUUCUGAAGGUACCAUCCACCUUCGAAGGUACGUCAUAUCAUAGGAAACUGCAGCUAAAUGUCGACAGAGAUUGUUUUAUUUUUAAUUAAGUAUGUUAAGUGUAUCUUUAUAAGCAUUAAAUUAAUAAGCAAAUA